CUUAUCACCCACAUCUAACAUGGUUACUCUGUGAAGGUUGUAACAAUAACACGAUCACCCACAUCUAACAUGGUUACUCUGUGAAGGUUGUAACAAUAACACCAUCACCCACAUUUAACAUGGCUACUCUGUGAAGGUUGUAACAAUAACACCAUCACCCACAUUUAACAUGGCUACUCUGUGAAGGUUGUAACAAUAACACCAUCACCCACAUCUAACAUGGCUACUUUGUGAAGGUUGUGACUGAUUUAGUUUGGUAUCUGUUGUGACAAUAACACUUAUCACCCACAUCUAACAUGGUUACUCUGUGAAGGUUGUAACAAUAACACCAUCACCCACAUUUAACAUGGCUACUCUGUGAAGGUUGUGACUGAUUUAGUAUGGUAUCUGUUGAUCUGCUCCAUCCUUUGUAUAUACAAUAUUUUUGUAAAUACUUUUUCUGAGAAGCUGUGUGUUUCUGCAGUAUACAGGCAGCCUUUGUCUUUCUUGCAUGACUGACAUGACUUGCUUCUCUUUUUAGAUGCUGUGUCUGACAUCACGUCUGCCUCCACGAGGCUCCUGGCCAGCUCUGAGAUCGCUGCUGCCUCGGUAGCUGAGAGGAGGCUCAUGCACGCCGUCCAACGCCUAGAAGACCGGACUGAAGAAUCCUCACUCGCUCCCGCCGAGGACAUUCUAGAUUCCCUGGAGGUUCCUGAAGCUAAGGUAGAGGAGGAAGUAUUAUCUGUGGAGGGGGAAGUGGCAGAAGCACCAGCUGCAGAAGUCUUGGAAACUGAAGAGCCCAAACCAGAAGAGGAGGCUGUUGUUGCUGCCCCUAAUGUCACAGAGGAAGUGGUUGCUGAGGAGACCCCUGAGCCAGAGGAAGUGGUUGCUGAAGAGACCCCUGAGCCAGAGGAAGUGGUUGUUGAGGAGACCCCUGAGCCAGAGGAAGUGGUUGCUGAAGAGACCCCUGAGCCAGAGGAAGUGGUUGUUGAGGAGACCCCUGAGCCAGAGGAAGUGGUUGUUGAGGAGACCCCUGAGCCAGAGGAAGUGGUUGUUGAGGAGACCCCUGAGCCAGAGGAAGUGGUUGUUGAGGAGACCCCUGAGCCAGAGGAAGUGGUUGUUGAGGAGACCCCUGAGCCAGAGGAAGUAGUUCCGGUCGUCGUAGAGGAAGCUCCAGCUGCUGUUGCAGAGGAGGAGACUGCUGCGGCUCCCCUAGAGGCCACAGAGCUCCCUGCCACUGUGGAAGCACCUGAGGCUGGGGCUUCUGCCGCUGUGGAAGCACCUGAGGCUGGGGCUUCUGCCGCUGUGGAAGCACCUGAGGCUGGGGCUUCUGCCGCUGUGGAAGCACCUGAGGCUGGGGCUUCUGCCGCUGUGGAAGCACCUGAGACUGGGGCUUCUGCCGCUGUGGAAGCACCUGAGGCUGGGGCUUCUGCCGCUGUGGAAGCACCUGAGGCUGGGGCUUCUGCUGCUGUGGAAGCACCUGAGGCUGGGGCUUCUGCCGCUGUGGAAGCACCUGAGGCUGGGGCUUCUGCCGCUGUGGAAGCACCUGAGGCUGGGGCUUCUGCCGCUGUGGAAGCACCUGGGGCUUCUGCCGAGGAGGGACCAAUAGUAGAGGAAUUUUCCCCAAAAGAGGCUGCCCCAGUUGAAGAGGCAGCGCCAGUUGAGGCAGAGUUACCUGCAGCCGAAGAGGUAGCAGUAGUAGUAGAGGAAGCCCCAGGGGAGGAAGCCCCAGUGGAGGAAGCCCCAGUGGAGGAAGCCCCAGAAAUGGAGGAACCAGCAGCGACAAAGGAGGCUGUGGAGACGGCCCAAGUGUCUGAGGAUGAGGCGCUCGUCGUGGAGGCGGCGAUGCUGGCAGCAGCCUCAGCCCUGGAUGUCGAGGCAGUGGAGGCAGAGGCAGCCCCGGCUGAGGAAGUCAAGGAGGCCCUCUUCACUUCAUGCCACCAAUGUGAAGCCCCAGCUUCUGAGGCUGCCCCAGUUGAGAUUGUAGAGGCUGCAUCUGUGGGGGAAGUAGAGGCUCCCCCUGCUGGUGAGGAGGAGGCAGUCGUCGAGAGUGAGGCAGUGGAGGUGACCGCAGAGGAGCGCGCCACCGAUUGGCCUGCUGAGGUGACCGCAGAGGAGCGCGCCACCGAUUGGCCUGCUGAGGUGACCGCAGAGGAGGAAGCCAAGGUGGAAGGAGAGACUGCCAGGCCAGUAAAGAGGUCCUGCUCAGUGAUGUGAUAGUACAGAAGGUGCACAGAGUAUGAGCCUGAUGUUACUGACAGCCCAGUCCUGACUGGAGACCAGCGAGAUGUGCCUUCUGGAACAGUCAACACCCACAGCUGUCAAUCAAACAGGACGAUCAACAUAAAACACACACAGAAUUAGAACUGGUUUGAAUUGAAUUCUAUAAUUCUAUUUAACUCAUUAUAUAUUUAAAUGUUGUCUAAUGACAACAGUUGUCAACCCGGUAACAACAUUCCAGGUUCUCACUCAGUUUCCUCGUCUUGUAUUUUCCCUACCCAUGGUGAGGUGACACUUCUGUAAGGGUUUGAAGUCUGACUUUAUUCCUAGGCGCAGACCCAAAUGACACCUUAUACCCUAUAUAGUGCACUACUUUUGACCAGGACCUGGGGGAAUAGGGUGCCAUUUGGGAUGAUAUCAACUAUUUCUCAGUACCACCCUGUUCCCCAAGGUGUCACUGUUACCAAGCUGAUGAAGACCACUUGAAUGUAUUUGAAGUUACUUGAUAAAUUAUUGUGUACUUGACAUUGCCUAAUGAAUUCUGACUAUUUUUUUUUUGGUUGAUUCAAUGAAAUAAGAUCUGAAUUGUUGUAUUAAACAGUAGGCCAUUAGACAACAUGUAGAUGAUUGUGUUCUUCAGAGACUGUUGAGUGAGUUCUGCAUGGAGUUUUUUUUAUUAAAUCAGGUAAUAUCUCGAUUAAGUUUAGUUCUCAAGCCAGUAGACUGUUGGUAGACAGUGUUGUACCCAUGUGAUGUAAAAUGUAAAAUGAAAUGUUUUUUUCAGUCCAAUAAUAAUUUCUGUAAUAGCUUUGCAGGU